CUGAAUGAGAUUGAAGAAGAGUUCUUGUUUUGUAGCUCAGUUUUUUUCCUCUUUUUAUACAUUUUUGUAAAAGCGGAAAAUAAAAAUCAACUCGCCACGUAGAGGAUACGUUACAAAACGCAAUGGAGACUCCGACGGGGCAAGCGGAAUAAAUUCACACGCUGGGCAAGAUUCGGUUGUGAAAUAUCCAGGGUGAUAGUAAAUAUUUAUUUAAAUAAAUCGUGUGUGAGGAGAACGAGGUUUGACUGCUGCUGGAAGUGAGUACGAGGUUCCAGACCCCCCCCCUACACUGCCAGUUGGAUGGUGUUCAAGACAGCAGACGUUGUGAAGGCUGAGGGAGGUGUGGGAUUUGGGCAGAAAGGCUUGAUGAUGGAGUUGCAGAGUCUACAGGAGGCUCUCAAAGUGGAGAUACAGAUCCAUCAGAAGCUGGUUGCUCAGAUGAAGCAAGAUCCACAGAAUGCAGAGUUGAAACUGCAGCUGCAUGACCUCCAGGCCAAGAUCACAGCGCUGAGUGAGCGACAGAAAAAGGUGGUGGAGCAGUUGAGGAGAGAUUUGCUGGUGAAGCAGGAGUCAGCGGAGAUCAGGCUCCAGACGCAGACGCAGCUCCCCCUGCAGACUGAAGGGAAGACUACCACCCUGGUCUCCAGUCAGAGCCAGAGUCUUCCUCCACCUCACCUCAGUGCUCCACAGAAUUCAGUCAGUGUGACCCCAGUCAUUACCACUAAGACACUACCUCUGGUGCUGAGAGCUGCCACGCCCACCACACCCAUUGCCAUGAUGCCAACACCCACAAUUGCCAUGGUUACCACUCUCACCAACACGCCCCUCGCCAGCCUUCCAAACUCAGACCCUCAGAGUUCACCAAUCAGCCUCCAAUCGUGCAGCAAGCCAGUGAAUCUGGGAACAGAACCUGUUCGGAUAGUUCCCAAAAACACUAUUGUUGUAAUGCCCAAGCCUCCUGCCUCUGUAACUCCAGCAGCCUUGCAGCCAAUUCUGGCUUCCCCUCAGUCUUUACAGCAGCCUGUGCUCCUGGCUGCCAAACUGAGUUCUGCUCUGCUGCCCUCGUCCGGACCAGUCCACCAGCUGCACAUCUUCAGCCCUCAGCCUAGCGCUGCUGUAACCCAGCCCUGCCCCAUCAAUGCACAACCUGGCCCUACCAUCACUCCUGCGAUCACCCAACCCUGCCCUAGCAAUGCACAGCCUAGCCCUAACACCAUCCAGCCCUGUCCCAGCAUCACCAUGACACUCAACACCAACAUAAGCCAGCUCAACACUAGCGGCACACUGCACAAUAGCACACAUCUGCCUAGCAUCAUCAUCUCCCCAAAACCCACCCAGGUCCAUGCUGCCUCUUCCAUCCAACCCAGCUCUAACUCUACCAGCACAGAUAUACAUCAUGCAGCUCGGAGCAGCAACCUAUGCCCUGAUGCACCGACACCUGUAGCAGUCGAUGGGACAGAGCCAAAGACAUCAUCUAACAGUCCAACACCUCUCCCAGCUACACUGCAGUCACCUGCUCCUGCUUCCACAACAUCAUCCCCACUCACCCAGACAAACACCCCUGCAGCUUCACAUACCCAUACAUCCAAACGCCAAGAAAACCCACUGAAACUGGCCUUCAUGGUUUCUCUGGGCCUCGUAACACAUGACUAUCUGGAGGAGAUUCAGAGCAAACGUCAAGAGAGGAAGAGACGAACAACAGCAAACCCAGUGUACAGUGGAGCGGUUUUUGAGCCAGAGCGUAAGAAAAGUACACUGUCAUAUCUAAAUUCUGCAAACCAGGGCUGCAGGAAGAGAGGUCGCCCACCCAAAUACAGCAUCACGGUGGAGCGGGGCAACAGCCCCUUGACGCCCACCAGCCGCCACCCAGCGUCUCUGGGCCCACAGCAGCCCAGCAUGGGUGGCCCUCACUCCCCUGCCCUCCCACAAACCCUCUCAUCAUAUCCACUCCCAUCCAGCCCCCGUGUCAGUCCAAGCUCAGAGAGGGAUGGAGACAUCCAUGAUGAUUUCUGUGUGGUGUGUAGGCGCAGUGGGCAGUUACUCAUGUGUGACACCUGCUCACGCGUCUAUCACCUGGACUGCUUGGAGCCGCCCCUCCGCACUGUCCCCAGGGGCAUGUGGAUCUGCCCCUCGUGCCAAAGUCAGAUUUUGAAGAAAGAUGAGGCAAUAGAGUGGCCUGGAACACUUGCUAUAGUCCAUUCCUAUAUUUCCUACAAAGCAGAGAGAGAGCAGGAGAAGCAGAGGCUUGAAAAAUGGAGCUCUGAGCUCCAGCAGGAGAGAGAGGAGCUACAGCUCCGAGUCAAACAGCUCAGCGACUCCAUAACGAUAUGCAUGGAGAGCAGAAAUGGUGUUCUGGCCCGACAGAGAGAAAUGGAGGCAUCAAUAGAGAAAGUGAAGGGUCUAGUGCGUCUGAUCAGGGGCAUCCAGUUGCCCUGUCUAACACAGCCAAAAUUCCCUCCCACUGGCAUGGCCAACGGAGACGCAGGCCCUGCUUCAACCCAACAGCAUGAGACCACCCAAACGUCUGAGGAAGAUCAACAUGCAGAUAAAAAGAACAACAUAAAGGACAGUAUUCCGGCUAUCAUCAUCAGCGCCUCAACAGACCUCAGUGAUACCUCAAAUCUAAAAAGCAGCCUAAACAACAGCAAUGCUGCAAACACCAACAGCAGUGUUUCAAGCCCUGGAAAUACCGAUCUCCUCCGGUGUGCUCCCAGCACAAACAUCUCUCCUGUUCUCAGCAAUACCCAAAGCCAGAAUCCCAUGAUUGGCAGGUCAAAUGGGCCUCUGGAGCCAGAAGACAGACAUGAGGAAAGCAUAGACAAAAAUACAGACAACGAUAUAAAUAAAAACAGCAUUGGAGACAUAAACAAAAACAGCAUCAGGGAUCUCAGAGGAACUGCAGAGCCCCCGCUGCCUGCAGUAAUGCCCAUGGCAGAGGUAAUACAGGGUGUAGAAUAGUACCAUCAUGCUACCUUUGACCCUUUUCCACCCUGUAUGCGCCACAGACCCCAAAUCACCCAGCACCCGCACCUGGGUGUCCAAAGUUGCCAUUCAGCGUUUCCUUUCUUGUGUCGUCAUGUCAUUCUGUUCCGCAGUGCCAUUUCAGAUGAGCAGGAUUAAAAGUUCUGAAGUACCAGCACCUAAAAAAAAGUUUAACACAAAGAUUAAUCAUAUAGAAAAUGAAUAAAUUAAGAGUUAUAAGAGUUUAAGAUAUCACACCAACGCGUGCCUGCUGUCGUUGCCAUUGCGCCUCUUGGUCGGAAAGCUUAGGGAACGACCGAGGCAAGGCCUUUGCCGGCUCUUAGGACGUGAGUAUUGCUUGUGGUCUCUGUCAGGUCCUGUUGCUGUAUAAAAAGGAGUAUUAACACUGUCUAAAUGACAGAAUCUCUCCAAUAGAGGCAUAGGGCUUUUGUUUUUUUCUGAGCUCCAAAGCAGAUAAGAACAGCUGAGAGGGAAAGGUGAAGCAUAAUUUAUAAGCAGGUCUUCCAGGUGUUUAAAAAAAUUACACACCUAUUAGAUGUAUUUGUCCUAUUUAUGGUCUUAUAGAUUGUGCAACGAUUCUGUAAAUAUUUUUUUUUAUUGCUGUCUUUUUGAGCAAAUACUCAGUUCUGUUUUGCCAAAUGUUUGCCACAGGGACAUGUAUUUUUACUUUAUGGUGGUUUUAAAUAGCUAUAUGAAUAGUAGAGUUGUAUUUGUGUAGCAUCAGUAUUGAGAACCCUUAAUGUAAAAUCUGACACAGCCUUAACUCGUGAUCAAAUUGAGAUGUGUUUGAGUGUUUAGACAAAGUUACCGAGUGUGGUGUUGGAUCUCAAACACAGUCUAUGUAUUGUGUAUUGUGCCCAUAUCACUCACUUGAAACUUAUUUUAAUUAGGCUAUAGUCAGUCUGUCAAUCAAUAGUUUUUAUGAUCCUCAACAAGUGACUCCAAGAAAACCGAACCAAAAGACAAAACAACAUGGUAAUCUGCCCUCUGUACUAUUGAUUUAUGCACAUUUGAUUAGAAAUAUUCCAUUUGUUAAGUGAUGCUUACGUAGCAUUUUAAAGGGCUUUGUCUUUUGUAUUGUUUUAUUAGCUGAAGUGUUAGCCUUCCAGUUGGCAGCACUGUUAAGACCACUUGGAGCAAAAGCACAGGACUGUAAGCUUUAGUCACGAACCCAACAGCACUGGUGUAAGAAAUAGAGGGACAGACUCUAACCCGAAACCCCUGCAUUUUUCUGUUAUCAUAUCAUGUUGAAGAUGAACGAUCAAAGCCGUGCUGCAUUUGUACCAUAUCUCAGAGUGUAUAUUUGGUCAUAUAUGACUACAGACAAGGGGCGUUGUUAUAAAUAAUAAUAAAAUAGGUGUGUACAAUAUAUCAAAGGCUGAUAUAUUAUUGACCAAUAAACAGGAAGAUAUAACUAUAAUUAGUGAUCUGAUAAUGGAAUUUCAGUCAAUAAUUACAACCGAUAACACACACACACACACACACAUUGUCGAACAUAUAGUUACUAGUUGUGGACAUUUCCACUGUCCUGAGACUCACACAGGUUGCAUAGUGGAUAAUAGCACAGCUCCGCACAUGGAAGACUGAAGGUUUAGUCCCCCAGCUGUGGAAUGUUCUACCAAGAGUUCAGUUUUCCAAAAUUUUGCCAUCGAUUGCGGGGGUGAACUGGAUGUUCAUUGUUUAGAUGCCAGUUGUUGCAGUGCAGACAAAGCCAGUAUUAUACAACAAAAGAUAAAGUACAGAGCAUCUUUCACAUUUUCCUGCUUAAAUAAACAAUCUACACUGCUAAAACUCUCCUCUAAUAAUGAUCCGUUUUCACCAGUAACGCUAUCACCAUGCCAAUGUUUGGUCACAUAUGAUGUAUAAGUAACGCAGCAUUAGAGUUUCAACCUGACACUCACUACUUCAUAUAUGUGGAUUAUAGUGGGAACUUGUUUUAAAAUGCAAAAAAGUAAUAGGAUCAGUUACUGGUUUAUGUAUAGGCCACAGCAAGGUGUUAAUGUCGGUUGUCAUUAUAGGCCCAGAAAUUCCAUAUC